AGAAUGACGUGGUUACGCGGUGCUCAAUUUUUAUUUUAAAUAAAUUGUCUGUUCGUUACCUUGUUCUGUAUAAGUACACUAUACAGAAUUCUUUUUAAAAUUUGAAAUUAUAUUAUUUAGUAUUUUAAGUUUCCUUACCAACAGUCACGAUGAUUGACGGAUUCCUAGAUGAUUUGAAACGCAUGAAUAAACGACAAUUUCUCUAUCAAGUAUUGAGUUUUGGAAUGAUCGUUUCAUCUGCAUUGAUGAUAUGGAAAGGUUUGAUGGUUUUUACUGGAAGCGAGAGUCCAAUUGUUGUUGUUUUAAGUGGUAGUAUGGAACCAGCCUUUCAUCGAGGUGAUCUAUUGUUCCUAACAAACUAUGAAGAAGAACCAGUCAGAGUUGGUGAAAUAGUGGUAUUUAAAAUUGAAGGACGUGAUAUUCCUAUUGUGCACAGGGUUUUAAAACUACACGAGAAAAAUAAUGGCACAAUUAAAUUUUUGACCAAAGGUGACAACAAUAGUGUAGAUGAUAGAGGAUUGUAUGCUCCUGGCCAACAGUGGCUAGAAAAAUCUGAUAUGGUAGGCAGAGCUAGAGGAUUUUUACCAUAUGUUGGAAUGGUUACAAUUUUAAUGAACGAGUAUCCUAAAGUCAAAUUUGCUGUUUUAGCAUGUCUUGGACUAUAUGUACUUGUUCAUCGUGAAUAAACCUUUAAUCAAUUGAGCUGAGCCAAAGAAAAUUUGGAAUUCUUUAGCUUGUUAAUUUAAAUUCAUGUGAUGUGUGUUGAAUGUUGAUUGAGGGCUGCUAAGCUUUUAAUAUUCUUAAAUAUUUUGUGUUAUUCAAUUAUUAAAAGCAGAUUAUGACAUUUUUUUUCAAUCCAGCUAAAUUUAAAAAACUAUAUUUAUGAAGUUUGAAAUAUAUUAUUAUUUAAAUUUCACAUAAAUCUCAAAUAUUAAAAUUAAAAUAAUUUAUUGUUGUACAUAAUUAUUAUUAUAAAUUUCAAUUGAUUAUUUUGAAAAAUGAAAUAUUUUCAUUUAUAAACUACUAUGUUAAUUUGUAUAAUUUUACUUUAUUAUUAAUAUUAAAUUAUAAUUAUCAUAAACAUUUUAAAAAUAGUCCUCUAGUCUUUCAAAAUAGAUUAGUGAAUAUUAAUACAAAAUACUACAUGUAUAAUAAUAAGUAAUAUAAAUAUUGUAUUUAUUAAAAUUUAAAUUUUCUGUCACUGUACAUUAUUUUUUUCAAAAAAAUGAUUGGUAUUUGAUGCGUUCAACUCUAAAAAAUUAAUUUUAUCAAUAACUUACAAGGUUGUUAUUCUUAAAUUUGUAUCUUAUAUCUAUAUAUUUUUAAAAAUUUUCUCCUACCUUAUGUUUUUAAUUAAUAAACCAUUAAUGUUUGAUCAUUUAUUUUUAU